CAGAGAACAAGUGUGAAAACUGCAAAGCUCCACUUUUCUGAAAAUUAAAGACCAGAGAAGAGAUAGUUCGGCGUCAAUGGAUGCCACACUACCAGAUUUAGUGAGUCAACUCGACAACGUUCAAGGCUUUGUCGAUGCCCUCACCUCGGUUCGCUGGAAACGUCAUCAGGAUGCGGUGGUGGAAUUAUCGGAACACGGCGUCGUUUUGAUUGUUGAAGAGACUGGUUGUCUUCAAGCCAAAGUCUAUCUUCAAAAAGAGUUGUUUGUGAAUUAUGAGUAUACUGCUGAAGCACGGCCUCGAUUCGGGGUGAGUCUGGGGCUUUUGGUUGAUUGCUUGAAUACAUUCUCGGUUCCGGGACACUCGAGCACGAUUGAGCUUCGGUAUCCAGGCCCUGAUAUGCAGCUUCUACUCAAGUCUGUUGAUUCACUGGAUGCGUGCAUUUAUGCUGAGAUCAGAACAAGAAUCCCAGAUACUAUAUCGUGGGACUACAAUUUUGAACCUUUGGGUACCACCCCUUUAAGCUUCACAGUGAAGUCUGCAGCUCUGAAAGAAGCCAUUGAUGAUCUGGAAUGGCCUGGGUCAAGCAUUAAAAUUACUUUGCAGCCAACUCCUCCUUCUGUUACCUUUAGAGGUGAAGGUCAUGGUGAUCUACAGAUAGACUUCAUGUAUUACGUAAAUACUGACCUUUUGGCUGCUUUUAGCUGUGAUCGGGAAGUGUCUCAUCGGUACAAGUAUAAAUUUCUGCGGGCAACAACUUCAAAUAUACCAAGCAGUGUUGUCAAAGAUAACCGUGGAAGCAAAGUUUCUGUUGGGAGAGGAGGAAUACUAAAAAUUCAGCAUUUGGUUUCCAUGGCAAGACCAGCACACUCACACAUAGAUUCUGCAGGUUAUCAGCCACCUAGCAGGAUAGCUUACAUAGAGUUCUUUGUCAAGCCAGAAGAAGUUGACGAUGAUUGAGUUCUCUUUAAGCCCUUCAACGAUGACCACCUUCUGUUGGCCAUAACUGCCGCAGCUUAUACUUCUUCAUCAAGGUUUUUAUCUUAAACUUUGAUAUCUUUAUGUGCAGCAAUCCUCUUCUCCCUCUCUCUCUUUUUUUUUUUUUUUUUUUUUUUUUUUGUGUGUGUGUGUGUGAAUCCAUCCUGACUGUAUAUGUGUUAAUGUGGCAUGAUCACAGCACCAGUCCAGGUAAAAAAGCAAACGUCAUCAGUGAGAUGCUCACUUCUUACUGUAUAACUUACACCAAGGAAUAACUUGUCCAUUAAACAUGACCAUCUAAUCUAAGCCAUAUUAAUGAAUGGAAUUGUUAGAAUCUCAAUUGAUAAAUUUUACAGAAUGGUCGGAUGUAAUUGUAUAAAAUGUUUCUUGCAAUAUAUUUCUAUGAUGAGAUAUUUUGUUUCUUAAAGUUGUGAAUUUGUGAUGCAUCAUAUGACAUGCAUCAACCAUAUUUAGUCUAAUUAUAGGUGUGUUAUGCUGCUUAGUAAACCUUAGGUUUGAGAACUGAAUGGCAUGCGGUCACGUAUGGUAGUAUACUAGUAUAUGUCCUUGUAGAAGUAU